AUCAACAAUUAUUCAGGCAAUUGAUAAUAAUAAUAAUAAUGGUGGUGGUAGUGGUGGUAAAAAUUUAUUGAUGAAUGGAAAUGAAAAUAGUUGUCCAGUACGAUCAUUAAUCAAACCAUGUCUUUGUAAUGAAAUAACAAAAGGUUUAGAAAUUAUCUGUGAAGGUGUACAAUUAGAAACGCUCAAAGAGAUUUUUAAUCGACUUCCAUCCAAUAAUAAUAAUAAUCAAAAUCAACAACAACAACAACGUAUAACAAUAAUGUAUUUAAAAAUGAAAAAUAAUUAUAUUCAUUCAUUUCCGGCACGUUUAUUAAAUAAUAUUAAUGUACGUCAUUUAAUGGCACAUAAUUGUAAUAUGAUUGAUGUUGAUCAAGAUGCCUUUCGAUCUAUCAGUGAACAAAUUGAAUCAUUAGAUUUAUCACAUAAUAAAUUUAAAAAAAUACCUGAAGCAUUAAAAGGUCUUUCAACAUUAGUUUCAUUAAAUUUAAAUUAUAAUGAAAUUGAAACAAUUGAUUCAAAACAAUUUGAUGGUAUCGUAUCAUUAUUACGGCUAUCAUUAUAUGGUAAUCGUAUAUUUGCCAUCAAUGAACAUGCAUUUAUUGGUAUUGGACCGAACGUAACACAAAUAAAUCUUGGUGGUAAUGAAUUAUCUCGUAUACCAUCCAAAUCAUUAAAAUAUUUACAAUCAUUACAACGUUUACAAUUACAUGAAAAUCGUAUACAUACGAUAACACGUAUGGAAUUGAAAAAUCUUCAACAAUUAAAACAUUUGGAUGCAUUAAAUCUAGCGAAUAAUCUAAUCAGACAAUUAGAUUCAUCAAUAUUUGCCGAUUUAUCUGCAUUGAAUUAUUUAGAUUUAGAAUCAAAUCAAAUAUCAAUGAUCGAUGAACAUACAUUUGAUGGUAUUGAACAAACAUUAGAAUGGUUAAAAUUAGAUAAUAAUCAAUUAACAAUGAUACCAUCUGAAUCACUGAAACAUAUUAAACAAUUACGACAAUUAGAUUUGAAAAAUAAUCAAAUUGAAACAAUUGAAUCCGAAUCAUUUAGCCAAUAUGGUAAAAGUAUAAAAUUUUUAUAUUUACAAAAAAAUCGUAUAAAAUCAAUCGAUGAUAUGGCAUUUGAAUCAUUUGAAUCAUUGGAAUGGUUAUAUUUGAAUUCAAAUCAUUUGAAAAAAUUAUCAAAAAAAUUAUUUGAAAAAUUUUUGAAUAAAAAUUUAACAAUUCUUGAUUUACAUGAUAAUCCAUUUAUUUGUAGCUGUGAAUUGAAUUGGUAUCGAACAUGGAUCGAACAGAAUGAAAAAAAUCAAAUGUCACAUAUUUGGAAAGAAACAAAGUGCUAUUAUAAUGAUAAUAAUGAUGAUGAAUCAAUAACAAUGGAUCAACAACAAUCAAAACAUAAACAAGAAAUAUUAUUAAUCGAAAUGGAUAAAAUGAUUGAAUGUCAAUUUGAUCAACAACAACAACAACAAGUGUAUAUACCACUACUAUCACAUUAA